AGCGGAACAGCGGACCGCGGCUGGCUGCGGCGCUCCGGGAUUGGCGCUGGACCGUCAGUAUGCUACGCUUGCUCCUUCCGUCCCUGAGGGCCUUGACGGGGAGCCGCAAUGUCGGGCUCCUGGUCCCUAGGGUGGCGUCCAGAACACAGUGUGGCGGCAGCUAUGGCAGCGGGCGUUCUCUGAGGCCAGGGCAGUACAGCACCAUCACUGAAGUGGCUUUGCAAUCCGGAAAAGGGACAGUGUCCCUUCCUUCGAGGGCAGCUGAGCGGGCGGUGGGCCGAUGGCUUCUGGUGUGCAGUGGGACAGUGGCUGGAGCGGUUAUUCUGGGAGGAGUGACCAGGUUGACAGAGUCUGGCCUCUCAAUGGUAGACUGGCAUCUGAUAAAGGAGAUGAAGCCACCCACAAGCCAGGAAGAGUGGGAAGCAGAGUUCCAAAAGUACCAGCAAUUUCCAGAAUUUAAAAUCCUGAACCAUGACAUGACGCUGGCGGAAUUCAAGUUUAUCUGGUACAUGGAAUACUCACACCGGAUGUGGGGUCGAGCUGUAGGCCUUGCAUACAUCCUGCCUGCUGCCUACUUUUGGAGAAAGGGUUGGCUCAACCGUGGCAUGAAAGGACGUGUUCUCGCCCUCUGUGGCUUAGUCUGUUUCCAGGGUCUAUUGGGUUGGUAUAUGGUGAAAAGUGGAUUAGAAGAAAAACCAGAGUCCUAUGACAUCCCUCGGGUCAGUCAGUACCGCCUCGCAGCCCACCUGGGGUCAGCACUGGUACUCUACUGUGCCAGUCUUUGGACCUCCCUGACCCUGCUACUGCCUCAGCACAAGUUACCAGAAACUCGGCAGCUCCUGUGGUUGAGGCGCUUUGCUGGCGGCACAGCAGGCCUGGUGUUCCUCACUGCUCUCUCAGGGGCUUUUGUGGCAGGGCUGGAUGCUGGCCUUGUUUACAACUCCUUCCCCAAAAUGGGAGAAUCUUGGAUCCCAGAGGAUCUCCUGACCUUCUCCCCUGUCCUGAAGAAUGUUUUUGAGAAUCCUACCAUGGUUCAGUUUGAUCACCGGCUUCUGGGAGUCACGUCCGUCACUGCCAUUACAGUGCUCUAUUUCCUGUCCCGGAGAAUCCCCCUCCCUCGAAGAACCAAGAUGGCAGCGGUGACUCUGCUAGCGUUGGCAUAUGCACAGGUGGCCCUGGGCAUUAGCACUCUGCUUCUGUAUGUCCCAACUCCACUGGCUGCCACACACCAGUCAGGUUCCUUGGCUCUGCUCAGUGGUGCCCUUUGGCUCAUGAAUGAACUCCGAAGAGUCCCUAAAUAAUUCUCAGAGGAUCAUUUCCUAGGACUGGAACUGCCUUGGAAAUUCAUCGCCUAAUACAAGAACUUAGCCUUUUCUAAGACGGUGGUAUUGACAUGCCACAUGGUUUCCAAAUCGGUCAAGUCAUUCAAAACUGCUUUGAGAUGGGCACUGGAUCAAGAAUAUUACUAAGGUGUGCUUAUACCAGAGGUUUCCUUUAAAACUCUGUUGCACAAACAAGCAUCUGCCGUUUGCUGCUUCGUAAGAGGCAGGCUGACUUCUUAGAUCUUGGUUUCUAUGUGCUGCAGAAAACUGUCCACUAGUCAGGCUUCUGGUGACAGUGACAGAUUCAGGAGCACGGGCCCCUGUAGUGACUUGACCAGUUGGCUGGUGACUGAAUGUUAGUUUGUUACCAAGGUCUAGGAUUAUCAUAUUUUCUGGUUUUUAUAAGCAGCUAAUAUUUGUGAAGUGAAUAUUCUUCCAUGCAUACAUGUGUAUUUGUGUUACUAUAUGCCAUGUGUGUACAGGUGCCCAUGGAGGCCAGGAAAGGUGCUGGGUCCCUGGAGCUGGACUUAAAGGUGAUUUUAAUAUGCCUGAGACGGGUGCCAGUAACCAAACACAGGCCCUCUGGAAGAGCGGCAGGCACUUUUAACAGCUGAGCCAUCUCUCCAGCCCUGGAGUGAAUAUUAUUAAAGUUAAAUGUUGACAGUUUCAAGUUUUAAAAAAAUAUAUGGAGGCUUAACAUGUCUGACCUGAGGUUGCAUAUUUGCAGUUUCUGAGCAAGAUGAUCAGGGUUUUUUUUUUUAACUCUAAUAAUAAUUCUGUAAGUCUCAGUGUAUCCUAAAGGGUACUGUUCUUAGCUAGUCUUAGCAAAAGCAAACACACGUGUUUUACUCCUCAAGUCCCAGGCCCUGCUGGGCAGUGUUAUUGCACAAAUGAGGUUCCCUCAACCUCAGAAUUCAAGAGUCAUCCUAGACCUAUGCGAUCACAAGGCCUCUGAACAGGACUGGGCUGGUUUUAAGUUCUGCCAGCUUGUUCCCAUUCCCUCCAAAUCGCUACCGCACCUUCCAUGCCUCAUUUAACCUGUGGGGCCUGUUUGUGUGUCAGCAGGGUAGGAACUCCACUAGACAGGACCCUUCCAAGAAGAAGACUUCAGCAGGGUAGGAACUCCGCUAGACAGGAUCCUUCCAAGAAGGAGCACAGGGCAGGAGACUCCAGCCAGAGACCACAUGGAACCGGUUUAUAGUCACCCCAAGCACAUGGCAACCUGAGUCAGCUCAAGUCUCAGAUAUUUGCUGCAGGUUUUUGUUUGUUUGUUUUUGUACUAAGUUAAGCAUGCUCAGAACAGAUCCGGUGUUUAGCUGUUUAACUGCUUUACGGUUUCUGUGUGAUCCUGGGGAACAGAGAUCAUCUUAUUUUUGUAUCUGUAUAAUUCACUGCCAACAUACAAACACACACACACACACACACACACACACACACCAAAUACUAAUUGAAGAAAGAAUGGAUUGGUGGAAAAUAUACAACUGUUAGUGGAAAAUAUAUAAUUAUUGAUUUAUGCCCCAAAUGUCUAUUUCAGAAAAAUCCAUUGCACACUUAAAGGAUUAAAUAAUUUCCUUUAAUGUUUUCAACAGUCUGUCCACAAUUCUGUCAAUUGUUUUUAAAUUAUAAAGGUAAUUAAAACAUGUAUUUUCAGUCAGCUAACCCAGGAUUUUUCUUUUCU